UUUCAGAUGGCAGCAGUGUGAUUGGAACUGAAGAGAACAGUUUUGACCGCAGCUAUGUAAAAAAGAAAUUGGAACAUGGGCUUUCACGAAUAUGGCAGGAUGUUCAACUGAAAGUGAAAACAUAUCUUCUGGGAACAGAUCUGUCCAACUUCAAAUAUGAUGACUUCAUAUUCGUACUUGAUGUUAUCAGCAGGCUGAUGCAAGUUGGAGAAGAAUUUUGUGGCAGUAAGUCUGAAGUUUUGCAAGAAUCUAUUAGAAAACAAAGUGUUAACUAUUUCAAAACAUACCACAG